GGUUUUCAUUAAAUAGCGAAACAGAUCAAACAAAAUAUAGAGGAGAACUCUCGUAUCUUCGCUUCUGUUCUUUUUACUCUCUGUGCGUCGCUCUGAUUUCGGCGGAAUAGUGUAAGUUGGCUUUGAGAUUGUUGGAACUUUACAUUGUAGAGAUGGCAAAUUUACAAAUGACCGGUAUUCUAGAAAAGAUGACUGGAAAGGAUAAAGAUUAUAGAUAUAUGGCUACUUCUGAUUUAUUAAAUGAGCUAAACAAGGAGGGCUUUAAGGCUGAUUCUGACCUUGAGAUAAAGUUGUCAAACAUUAUCCUCCAACAACUUGAUGAUGUAGCUGGUGAUGUUUCUGGAUUGGCUGUCAAAUGUCUUGCUCCAUUGGUGAAGAAGGUUGGUGAACCAAGAGUUGUGGAAAUGACCAAUAAACUCUGUGAGAAAUUGCUUAAUGGCAAAGAUCAGCACCGCGACAUUGCAAGCAUAGCUUUGAAGACAAUCAUUUCUGAAAUCUCUACUCCAUCUCUUGCACAAUCUGUUUUAAUUUCUCUGUCUCCUCAACUAAUAAGAGGAAUAACUGGCGGGGGGACUAGCACAGAAAUUAAAUGUGAAUGUCUUGACAUUUUAUGCGAUGUUCUUCACAAGUUUGGAAAUCUAAUGGCAACUGACCAUGAGAUACUUCUGAAUGCAUUGCUAUCACAAUUGAAUUCCAAUCAAGCUAGUGUUAGAAAGAAGACAGUUUCUUGUAUUGCAUCUCUUUCUUCAAGCUUGUCAGAUGACUUGUUAGCGAAGACAACCAUUGAAGUUGUACGAAAUGUAGGAAGUAAGGGAACAAAAUCAGAAUUGAUCCGCACGAACAUUCAAAUGAUUGGUGCUUUGAGCCGUGCUGUUGGGUAUCGUUUUGGACCUCAUCUUGGAGACACUGUGCCAGUGCUUAUUAAUUACUGCACAACUGCAUCAGAAAAUGAUGAGGAGCUAAGAGAGUAUAGCUUGCAGGCACUAGAAAGUUUUUUGCUUCGCUGCCCUAGGGAUAUUUCGUCCUAUUGUGAUGAAAUUCUUCACCUUGCUUUGGAGUAUUUAAGUUAUGAUCCAAACUUUACUGAUAACAUGGAGGAAGAUACUGAUGAUGAGAAUCACGAGGAGGAGGAAGAAGAUGAGAGUGCAAAUGAAUAUACCGAUGAUGAAGAUGUAAGCUGGAAAGUUCGAAGAGCAGCUGCUAAAUGUUUAGCUGCAUUAAUUGUUUCUCGCCCUGAGAUGUUAUGUAAACUGUAUGAGGAGGCUUGCCCUAAGUUAAUUGAUAGAUCUAAAGAAAGGGAAGAGAAUGUCAAGAUGGAUGUUUUUAAUACGUUCAUUGAGCUACUACGGCAAACCGGAAAUGUGACUAAGGGACAGACUGACAUGGAUGAACUGAGUCCAAGAUGGCUAUUGAAGCAGGAGGUGCCAAAAAUUGUUAAAUCCAUAAAUCGGCAGCUACGUGAGAAAUCUAUCAAGACAAAGGUUGGUGCAUUUUCUGUUUUGAAAGAACUUGUAGUUGUCUUGCCAGACUGCCUUGCCGAUCACAUUGGAACACUCAUACCUGGAAUAGAGAAGGCGCUUAAUGAUAAAUCUUCUACUUCAAAUCUGAAGAUUGAAGCACUUAUAUUUACAAGAUUGGUGUUGGCAUCUCAUUCUCCUUCCGUUUUUCACCCUUACAUUAAGGAUCUUUCUAGUCCUGUUUUAUCUGCUGUUGGUGAGCGUUACUACAAAGUCACAGCUGAGGCAUUAAGAGUAUGUGGGGAACUUGUUCGCGUAGUGCGCCCAAAUCUUGAGUGUUUUGGUUUUGAUUUUAAACCUUAUGUCCACCCAAUCUAUAAUGCAAUAAUGUCUCGCUUGACUAACCAAGAUCAAGAUCAGGAGGUUAAAGAGUGUGCUAUUACUUGCAUGGGGCUUGUCAUUUCUACUUUUGGUGAUAACCUUGGAACAGAGUUACAUGCAUGCCUUCCUGUACUUGUUGAUCGAAUGGGAAAUGAGAUAACCCGCCUUACUACUGUGAAGGCAUUUGCUGUUAUUGCUGCUUCUCCACUCCGGAUAGAUCUAUCAUGUGUUCUGGAGCAUGUAAUUGCAGAGUUGACCGGAUUCUUGCGGAAAGCAAAUCGGGCUUUAAGGCAGGCAACACUCGGGACACUAAAUUCAUUAAUUGUAGCCUAUGGAGAUAAAAUUGGCCCGUCUGCAUAUGAAGUUAUCAUUGUGGAACUUUCAACUCUGAUUAGUGACUCUGACUUGCAUAUGACGGCUCUUGCCCUUGAACUCUGCUGCACCCUAAUGGCCGACAAGAGAUCUAGCCGAAAUGUUGGUUCUGCUGUUAGAAAUAGAGUUCUUCCUCAAGCACUGACAUUGAUCAAGAGCUCGUUGCUGCAGGGCCAGGCACUUUUGGCUUUGCAGAAUUUUUUUGCUGGUUUGGUGUAUUCGGAAAACACUAGUUUUGAUGCAUUACUGGAAUCUCUUCUUUCUAGUGCAAAACCAUCUCCUCAAUCUGGCGGUGUUGCAAAACAAGCAUUGUAUUCAAUAGCUCAAUGUGUGGCUGUUCUCUGUCUCGCUGCAGGUGAUCAGAAAUGUUCAUCUACGGUUAAAAUGCUCACUGACAUCCUUAAAGAUGAUGGCACAACCAAUUCGCAUCUAGCCUUGCUCUGUUUGGGGGAGAUUGGGAGGAGGAAAGAUCUGAGCUCGCAUGCCCAUAUAGAGACUAUAAUUAUUGAGUCCUUCCAAUCUCCUUUUGAAGAGAUAAAGUCUGCUGCUUCUUAUGCUCUUGGCAAUAUAGCUGUCGGGAAUCUUUCCAAGUAUUUACCUUUCAUAUUGGACCAGAUUGAUAACCAGCAGAAGAAACAAUACCUGUUGCUUCAUUCUCUUAAGGAGGUUAUAGUAAGGCAAUCUGUAGAUAAAGCAGAGUUUCAGGAUUCAAGUGUUGAGAAAAUUCUGAAAUUACUUUUUAACCACUGUGAAAGCGAGGAAGAGGGGGUCAGAAAUGUGGUGGCUGAGUGCCUUGGUAAAAUUGCACUUAUUGAACCUGUAAAACUCAUUCCAGCACUUAAGUUGAGAACAACCAGUCCAGCGGCAUUCACUAGGGCAACAGUUGUCAUUGCCGUAAAAUAUUCUAUUGUUGAGCGGCCAGAGAAGAUAGAUGAGAUCAUUUAUCCUGAGAUUGCUUCAUUCCUUAUGCUUAUCAAGGAUCAGGAUCGACAUGUUAGGCGUGCAGCUGUGUUGGCUUUAAGUACUUUUGCUCACAAUAAGCCUAACUUAAUUAAGGGGCUACUUCCUGAAUUAUUGCCGCUUCUCUAUGAUCAAACGACUGUUAAGAAAGAAUUGAUAAGAACUGUUGACCUUGGUCCCUUCAAGCACAUCGUCGAUGAUGGCCUUGAGCUAAGGAAGGCAGCGUUUGAGUGUGUAGACACAUUGCUGGAUAGUUGUCUUGAUCAAGUGAACCCCUCAUCUUUCAUUGUUCCGUACCUUAAAUCUGGACUUGAUGAUCAUUAUGAUGUUAAGAUGCCUUGCCAUCUUAUCCUUUCAAAACUUGCUGAUAAAUGUCCAUCUGCUGUAUUACCAGUGUUGGACUCACUGGUGGACCCUCUUCAAAAGACAAUUAAUUUCAAGCCCAAACAAGAUGCUGUCAAACAGGAAGUAGAUCGUAAUGAAGAUAUGAUCCGUAGUGCUCUUCGUGCAAUCGCAUCCUUGAACCGAAUAAGUGGGGGAGAUAGCAGUAUGAAGUUGAAGAAUCUCAUGAGUGAAAUAUCGAAAUCUCCAACAUUAUGGGACAAGUAUUACUCCAUCCGGAACGAGUGAGGUAAUCUUCUAAUUGUGUAAAGUAGGUAAGGUUUGAUCGGAUUGGAUUUAUAUCCGAAACCAGGGGAACAUUGUUGUUGUGAAAGAUGAUAAUUGUUGGAUAUUGAGUUGGUUCAUGUAUGAUUGCAUCCUGCAACUGCAUGCUUCUCUUUUAUCUUCAUAUUAUAGAAUAAUAUUUUGGACCUUCAUUCUCUCAA